GUUUUCCUCUUCUUCUACGGUCUUCUACGCUGUACGUGAGGCUGUGCAUGCUCGCAGCAGCUCGAAGGGACGAAAGUCAAAGGCGAGCUGUGUUGUUCUCUUGCUAGUUUUUCCUUCACCUAACUACAUUUUAAACUAGUGCGUGUCGAGCGAUGAGGGCUGUCGCGUGCCUCCAUCGUGGAGAAGUAGGAGGAGGUCAGGGCUUCAUUUUGGCGAUUUGACGCUGUGCUAAAGCUUUUGCGGAAAUUAAGUCAAAGGUGACCUUUUUUUAAAAACGCACAUGCGACGCAGAGCGGGUUUUUGAGUAGAGGAAACAUGAUUUUCUGGAAUAUUCAGUCGAGAACCUGCAGAGCAUGGCUGUCCCGGGUUUCCUUGAGGCAGGAGCCGUGUUUCUUCUCCUCCGUGCCCCCCCAGCCGGUGCCCCCGCUGACACAGACCCUGCAGGGCUACCUGAAGGCCCUGGAGCCGCUGCUACCGCCGGAGGAGCUCAGCCACACCCGCAGGAUGGUGCAGGAGUUCGGGAGGCCUGGUGGGCUGGGACCGCAUCUGCAGGAGGGGCUGGAGAAAAGAGCCAGACGCACCAAGAACUGGAUCUCAGACUGGUGGGUCCAGUGGGCGUAUUUAGAAAGCAGACAGCCUCUUGCGGUGCACUCAAACCCAGCCAUCUCUCUUCCCAGGAGAGAUUUUAAUGACUGGAGGAGUCAAUUGGUGUUUGCAUCCAAACUGAUCGCAGCCGUUCUGGACUUCAAGGCCAAAAUGCACACCGGGCAGCUUCCAGUCGAGUACAUGCGAGGGAAACCUCUGUGCAUGGAGCUCUACCCGCUCCUCUUCUCCUCCUGCAGGAUCCCUGGACCCAAACACGACUACGUCGCUCACCAUGGCAACGCCCGCCGCUCGCCCACACACAUCACAGUGGUCCGGAACUACCAGUUCUUCCAGUUGGAGGUUUACAACAGCGACGGCUCGCGAAUGACGGAGAGUCAGAUCCGCGGACAACUGCUGAGAAUCCGUUCUCAGUCCUGGAAGACCGACAAGGAGCCGAUGGGAAUCCUGACCAGUGAGCACCGCCACACCUGGGGGGAGGCGUAUAACCGCCUGCUGAGAGACAAACUCAACCAGGAGUCGGUACGGAUGAUAGAAACGGGACUUUUCUCCUUGUGUUUGGAUUCUCCGGUUUUAAGGAUAUCAGAUGAGAAGUACGCCAGCCGUAAGGCGGCGCAGGUGCUGCACGGAGGCGGGACCUUCUCCAACAGCGGAAACCGCUGGUUUGACAAAACGUUGCAGUUUGUGGUGGGUGAGGACGGAUCGUGGGGUCUGCUGUAUGAACAGGCCACAGCCGAGGGUCCGCCCAUAACGAACCUCCUGCAUCACAUCCUGGAGUACUGUGAGAAGCCCGACCCAAAAAAAGCUCCGCUGGUUCCGCUGCCGAUGCCCAAGAAGCUCUACUUCCACAUCGACCUGGACAUUAAGCGGGACAUCGAGCAGGCCAAGCAGAACCUGGACAUACUAAUCAAUGACCUCGACGUCAACGUGUUCAACUUCAAAAGGUUUGGCAAAGAACUUCCCAAGAAGCACAACCUGAGUCCAAACUCGUUCAUCCAGGUGGCGCUGCAGCUUGCCUACUACAGAGUUCAUAAUGAGGUCUGCCCAGCCUGCGAUAUUGCCUCUCAGAGGAUGUUUCAAGGAGGAAGGACCGAGUACAUCCGCUCCCCGACGAACCAGGCGCUGAAAUUCAUUCUGGCCUUUGAUGAUCGGUCCGAAUCGAGGGAAGCGAAGCUGCAGCUAUUCAGAGAAGCUGUGGAUGCCUACUCAGACCUCACUGAUCAGGCAUUAAAAGGACACGGUAUUGACCACCACCUGCUGGGACUCAAGCUGCAGGCUAUUGAGGAGGGACUGAGCAUUCCCAAAAUCUUCAUGGAUACAGCUUAUGGCCUGGCAACACACUGGAAGCUGCGGACGGGACAGGUGCCUACAAACACAGACAGCGUGAUGUGUUUCGGGCCCCUGGUUCCCGACGGCUAUGCCGUUUGUUACAACCCCCAGGCGGACCACUUCCACUUCUCCGUCACGGCUUUCAACUGCUGCGAGGAGACGAACGCAGAGACUUUAGCUCGUACUCUGAAGAACACCUUGUGUGACCUACAGGAGCUGCUGCAGCCUACCGUGUAGGCUACGAUGCCAUCCAACCACUCUAUAAUGGGGGAAAAAAAAUACCUUCCUUAAAAUGUUUUCUACGGCUCAUGUAACGUUUGCAUGCUUCAUUAGUCUUUGAUUCUAAAAGAGCCUGAACUCUGUGACCCUGAGGUGCUUUUGAUAUUUUUUAAAGCUUUUCCUUCAGCAGUUUUCCUUUCUGUAUCAUGGAGUUACUUAAUGACUGUUGGGGAAUCACAAGAAAAACAAGGUUAACUUGACACUCCAGCAUCAACAGGGACUAACCUGAGCGUGAGACGACUGCACUCCUUUCUGCUAACUUCUGGUACCUUCCACCAGUAAUAAAUGUUCCACGUUUUAUAAUGAUGCCAGCAUUGUUUCAUAAUAAAUUUUGAUUGUUUUUCUAAGUUAAUGAGAGUUUCAGGAGGACCAAUGGAGAUGAAGUUGGUUUGUAUUAAUGAAAGCAGGAGAAAAGUUUUUUGUUUUUUUUGUGAGCGCAAAACAGCUGAUCACGUGGUCCUAAUGGUCCUUUCCAUCAAUUUUUCAUUCAACCUGCAGGACUGGUUAUAAUAAAGCCUUCGAUCAUAUUAA